AUGAAGCUUCGGAAUCACACCUUAACUCUCCUCAUUCUCCUCCUUCCCUCGCUUGCCCUCGCCACCGCGACCGCUGAGAAGCAAUUGGACCGGGACUCGGUGGCCGUCACGGAUGGUGCGUCAGCCGCGAGGAGAUACGGCACUAACGAUGCGCCGGUUGAUGGAAACGACGGGAAACCGCACGCUGGCCCGUUCGUCGGACUCGGCUCGAAUUCUGGUUCUACGAGAGACCUGCCUACCCUGAAAGACCGCCCGGAAGAUCCUUUGGUUGUCGACGGGAAACGAAUUCCUGAGAGUCAUGACGGCGUGAUGGACGACAAAAACCGUCCAGAGCCCAGAAAGGGCACCACGGGCACCGAGGGGGGCGUGAGCGAGAAGGAGAAAGACAGAAAGUUGAGGGAGAAGCAAACCGGUGAGAAGGUCGAGAAUACGCCCCCAACACCCAAGGAGGCGCCUCCGCUCCCGGAUUCGGACCAAGAGCGGAUUCAGGCCGCCGAUGAUAAAACAAACCCGGCCGGUCUCCCAGACAAGACCCACGACAAGUCGCUUCCGCUCCCCGAUUCCGUGGCAAACAUUGAUCAUUUGGACGUUUCAAAAGGGAAUGAACCAGGGAUGAUUACCGGACACGAUGAUGACGAUAGCGAGGGCCUCGUGCAGCCACUUCAUUCGUUCAUGCUCUCGUUCACGAUGAUUAUCUUCUCCGAAAUCGGCGACAAGACGUUCCUGGUUGCUGCGCUUAUGGCGAUGAAACACGACCGUCUGGUAGUCUUCUCGGCUGCCCUGAGCGCCCUGAUUGCCAUGACGGUCCUCUCGGCUAUGUUGGGGCAUGCGGUCCCUACCCUGAUUCCCAAACGCGUGACGACCUUUUUGGCCGCCGUUUUGUUCUUCGUCUUUGGGGCCCGCCUGCUUCGUGAAGGACUCGCCAUGAGCCCUGACGAGGGUGUGUCGGCCGAAAUGCAAGAGGUCGAGAUGGAAUUGGCCGAGAAGGAAAACCUGGCUAGAAAAGAAGGCAGAAGGACAUCGGAUAUGUCGCCAUAUGCCCUGGAAAUGGGUCUCGGCAACCGCAAGCCUCGCACCAAGUCCCGUUUCCCGGCGCCCGCUCGCAGCCCUUCAAGCUCCCCUGAGGGACGGAGCCCAUCGCCGCGCCCCGGGGGCCUCGGGAAUAUUCUUUCUGGCCUCAGCAAUCUCAUCUCGCUGCUCCUCAGCCCUGCCUGGGUCCAGACAUUCGUCAUGACUUUUCUAGGAGAAUGGGGCGAUCGCAGUCAAAUUGCCACGAUUGCCAUGGCGGCGGGUCAGGACUACUGGUGGGUGACCCUGGGCGCCAUUCUGGGUCACGCAUGCUGCACAGGCGUCGCUGUCAUCGGAGGCAGGGCCAUUGCGGGCAAAGUGAGCCUCAAAGUUGUUACUGUCGGUGGAGCCGUCGCGUUCCUCGUUUUUGCGGUUCUCUACUUGUUUGAAGCGUUAUACUCAUAG